UGUCAGAACUUGAGUUUAGUUGCUCAGGAGUAGGGAUACGUGCAGGUUAGCUCUUGAAUCGUCAGAAUGAGCACUAGGUAAAUCGAGUGAGAGAACCAUAAACACAAGAAAAAUUUGUCCAUUAGUCUUACAACUCAUAUCAGCACUAUAAAUUAAACUACUGCGUUGUAGUACGGUAUCACCACCAUGAUGAUGACUUGGCUCUUCGUGGCUACCCUGCUGAUAAUCCGGUCUUCACCGAGCGAAUCUCAGUCAGGAAUUGCGGUGCCGAUACAAGUACCGAACGGUAACAAUGGAGGUCAGAUUGGAAAUCCAUAUGGAUAUCCUGGUCCGCAACAGAGCCCCUAUUCGCCAAUUGGACCAGAUCCUCAACCUGCUCAGUACUACCCAACACAAGAUCCCGCGUCAUAUCCUGCAGAUGAUCCACGUGCUGCGAUACCAUACGAACCCCAAGUUGCCCCGCAACCCCAGCCUUACAUGCCAUACCAACCCCAAGUUGCCCCGCAACCCCAGCCUUACAUGCCAUACCAACCCCAAGUUUCCCCGCAACCCCAGCCUUACAUGCCAUACCAACCCCAAGUUGCCCCGCAACCCCAGCCUUACGUGUCAUACCAACCCCAAGUUGUCCCGCAACCCCAGCCUUACGUGUCAUACCAACCCCAAGUAGCCCCGCCACCAGAUCCUUUGAUGGGAUAUCCCCAGCCUCCAACCCAAACACUUUGCCAAGCACCUGCAUCUUGCCUACCCUCUCCGCCUGCUCCCCAGAAUGUAAUGCAGCCGUACACAGUUUACAUUCCUGGUACAACACAAUACAGGCGAGUGUGUGGCAAUGUAGUUCAGUGCGGCACGAUUCCAGUUCCGUCUCCAGGACGUUAUGUAACUUACUACAGAUACGUUACUAUACCUGCUCCACCCAUUACUAUAACUGCUCCUACACCUACUCUACCCGCUCCAGUUGUCCCUACUUAUACGUGUCCAGCGCCGCAGCCAACUUACUGCCCAGCGCCAGUAAUACCUCCAACACCUGCGCCAACCAGGCCUACAACUUGCAUCCCCUCCUACGCACCACCACAAACUAAUCCUUGUGUAAGCCAUGCUCAAUGCAGCCAAAGCCAGCUAUGUUGCUAUGUUCCGUCAUCGAGCUGCAAUCAAUGCCUUCCUGGAGUGCCGACAUACACGAGGAUCAUACGGCAGUCUCAGGUGCAUUCAAACAAAAGUGAAGUACUAAACGUGAACUCCGUGCGACUCUUGGUUCGUAAAUGGGAUAGCAAGAACGUCACCGAUUUCCUUGCCAACACUGUGCUGCCUCUCAAAAUGGACCUCACAAAUGAUCUGGAAGUAACCUUUGAUACAGCGGAACGACAGAGAUGUGAUCAAAUGGAUAUCAAUUGCGUUGGCGCUCAGCUACUGACGUGCGUUAUCAACGAGGAAACGGCAGUUUUAAAGACUAAAGUGCAAAACAUCCUUGAUAAUUUCAACUUGACGAGGUCUGCCGAACAGCCAGUCAUGGAUGAGAUGAACACUCCUUCCGAACACAUUACUGAACAACCAGACAUCCAAGAAACUAUCAAUAAUACAAACGCCGACAACAAUCUGCAAUUGCAUUUUUUGAGCGUACAAAAAGAAAUCGACGACCUACGACACGGCAGCGAAGUUACGCUCCUCAGCUUUGCCACUUGCGUGCUUCAGAGCUUCCAGUCUGGCGUGAUUCAACUCAAGCAUAGCGCCCUGAUCGCUACCAAGAGGUGCGUGCGGCAGUACCGUUAUAACUGGCGUUCAGUCCGUCAAUGCGCGGCGCCCAACACCAGAUCGCAGAACGUGUCGGUGAGCGUCGAAGCCGAGUCCACCCUGGGACCGGAGUCCAGCGCUCUGCAUAUGUUCGUGAAUGGGGCUGCGAUCCCAGAGCUGGAAGAUCCUCGAGUGUCGCUGUGCAUUACACUGAACGCCCUCGGCAGUGAACCUCUGAUCUGUGAACUGGUGCUGCGACCAUUACUGGAGGCCAGCACCUCUGAAGCUGAGCAACAAAAACUCUCAGGCAGUAAUGAAGAAAUGGCGGCAAAAGAAGCGGAACAAACCCAUGAAGAUAUCAUUGAUGGGAACGAAGAAACACAUCAAAUCAAGAUUGAUCGUCGCAUCGCGUCUUUCCAGUAGAAUGAGCAGCACGAUCACUGCCGAGUCACUGCCUCUAGAAUAAAACCAGUCGAACGACAACGCUGCUCUACCUGACACUGUUUUGCAAGAAAAUUUUUGCAUGAGAAACGGAAUGGAAGUUGCACUGUGGAUUUAGAAGUACUUGUGCGUAGUAAAAACUAUUCCUGCAUUUGAUACAGAGAGAGUUUUCAGAUAAUUAUUGUAAGUUUAAGUACUUUGUACAAUUUAAAAAUAUUUCCAAGUACCAAGUUAAAUUUUCGCGGUAUUGCUACGGUGGUAAUUAUUUCAAAUAAUCUUUAUAGUCUGUUAUUGAGUGAAUAUGUUUUCAUACCCGAGUUCGUGGCGAGCUGCUGAGCCACGAGAAGAUAAAAGUUAGAUUGAUAUACAUGAUAAUAAUGAAUACUUUUGAUGAAUACUCCAGCCAUGUUAUGCAUGGUACAUCUUAAUAGACGUUGUCUGGGGUACAGUGACUAGACUUGGAUUUAUCCCCGGCAUGCGAAUUUCCAUAAGUGCCGUUUUUCAUAAUAAUAUAAGAGCGAAAGUUGUGUCAACUAGACUACCUGUAGCAAUGUGUUCAUAGAGACUAGCAGUAAUAUUAGUAUGUUACAUUCUUUUCCUGGGAACUCUUUUGCACGCGAUACGCAGUUAAUUAAUGUUCAUAGAAAUUUGUAGUCUAAUGUUAUCGAUGUUAGAUGUUCUAUUAAAAUAAAUUUAAUUCAUUUACUCGACUAGACUGAACCAAAUUUAGUGGAUACUUUCCUAUGUGAAGGUUAUAUAAUACCUGGAUAGAAACCUGGCUCUUAACGAUAGAGAAAGCAACAAAUUCCAGAAGACAUGCAGGUUCUGUAUCUUCAUACGAGAUACGCUUUAGGAUCAAUUAUUAUGAGAGAAUUUAGAAGAGAUAAUAAAAUAGAAACAAUUGCCAUUAUAAAUCUUUGGAUCAAAUCGGCUGACAAAAUGAAUUUAAAUAAAUUUCGUGGCAUUAAUUCUUGCCGAUAUUUUUUUCAUAAUGUUCUCGUCCUUUAUAUACUAUGCCAUAUAUGAAGUAGCAAAUAGAGUCAAUGAAAGUCAAUUCAUUGUUUUAUCCAAAAUUAGGAUAGUUAAAGAAUUUUAUUAUGCUUGGGCUGCCAGGUGGAAUUUAUAUUUGAACUUAAUAAUUUUCAUUUAUUGUUUAAGCAUAUUUACAAUAGAAUUUUAAGUAACCACUAGGAAUCCAUGAUUUUUAAAAUCAGUAUAUAACAUAUUCGAC